AUCAACAAAUGAGAACACACGUAGUGGUGGAGAGUUCACUAAGUACUCUCAAGUCACGAAGACUAGGCAACAUCACAAAGCAUGCCAAAAAUAACUCACGAAGAGUCGAACUCUACCAUUGGGUCAUCGAGUUCAAAAANUAAAUUAACAAUCUCCACCUUUGGCCCAAAGUAGUGCACAUAGUUUGACAAGGAACCGCGGGACUCAUCAUAGCCUAAUAACCACUAAAUGUGUAAUCAACAAAUGAGAACACACGUAGUGGUGGAGAGUUCACUAAGUACUCUCAAGUCACGAAGACUAGGCAACAUCACAAAGCAUGCCAAAAAUAACUCACGAAGAGUCGAACUCUACCAUUGGCCACCCAGUGAUAAUCUUUGCAUUGAAUCCUCUGUGAAUGAUAUAUGUUAUUGAAGAUAAGGAUUUUAGGGUUUCCUUAGAUAGCUUGUCCUUCCGUUCUCAUCCAAGUCGCCCAUCCAGUAGGCGGCACGAUUCAGUCCCCUGCGAAUCUGCACGUCUUAAUGCUUACUUUAAAGAAGGACCAUUUGUUGAAAAUGGAGAUUUAUGGAGUCUAUGUCUUUUGCUGUCCAGAGGUUGAAGCUCAUGCGUCAACAGUUGAUCCAGUGGUCCUUCAUCAGCGUUUAGGUCAUCUCUCUCCUCAUAUAUCAGUUUCUCUUAGUUCAAAUAAUAGCACUUCUACAUU